CUUUGAAGGAGAACCAUGUUGUGUGUUGCUUGGAAUGUAGAUGAAUUGUUUGUGACACCAAUUCCAUUUCUUUUCAGUCAGACCUCAUAUAUUUUUGUGUAUCAGCGUGUAUAUCAUGAAGGAAGCAUAAUUAUUCUCUUCAGUAUCAUUGCAAAGACUUUUAUCUUUUUCUUUUACAGUUGGUAUGUUGGAAAAAUGACACGCAGUGGGGCUGAAAAAUUUUUACUCAAAAAAGAACAAGGAUUUAAACAACCAGAUGGUGCUUUUCUGGUAAGAGACAGUGAAAGCACACCAGGAGAUUUUUCAUUAUCAGUCAAAUGGGGUGAUGCUGUACAGCAUUUCAAAGUAUUACGAGAUGGCAGUGGCAAAUAUUUUCUAUGGGUUGUAAAAUUUGAUUCCUUGAAUCAGCUUGUGAAUUACCACAGGAAUAAUUCAGUCAGUAGAACAGAAAAAAUUCAGCUCAAAGACAUGCUGUCCACAGAUACAGUAGUUGAAGCCCUGUAUGACUUUACUCCUGAGGAGCCAGAGGAGUUAAAAUUUUCUAAAGGGGACAUCAUCAAAGUACUUUCUAAAGAGGAUGAGAACUGGUGGAAAGGGGAAUGUAAUGGAAAAUUUGGACUAUUUCCUGCAACUUAUGUAGCUGCUCCAAAGAAAUAAUCAUAACAAAUGAACAUGCUGUAAGUGUUGGAAGUGGACAAGAUAAGGACCUGCUUGUGUUGCCUGUGCCUCAAACAAAUAAAAAAAACCUUGAAAAAAUGCAGUAUUUUGUGCAUUUUUCAAUAUUUGUAUAUUUGGGUAUGCUUUUGUAUUAUCAAAUACUUAAGACAGUCCCAUGGUUUUUGUAAUGAUAAUCAGUAGGACAUGAAGUCAUUUUCAUGAUAUUUAUGUUGGUUUCUCAGUGAAUCAGGGGAGAAUGCUGAUAAGUCCUCCCUUCCCUCACUCUUUUUAUUUAUUUAUUGUAUUUUUUCUGUAUGUCAACAACAGCCCAAACUUUUUUUAAUAAAACGAAACAAAUACAUGCUUGUUUUGGCCUUUGGGCGUCUUUUUUCCUCAUGCAGAAUUCACCCCUUUGUCCUAGAAAGGGAAGGGGAGCUCAAAGGUUUUAUAAUUAUAUCAUGUCAAACAAUAACAGAGAGUCAGAAUUUUGUUGUGAGAAAUUAAGAAUGGAACGAUUCCUGUUUGGGACUUCUGUCAGUUGUUGACAUUAUUUAUACAAGGUUUAAGAUCAAAAAUCUUUUAGGCAUUAUUUCUAAAUAAUUCAGUUGGUUUGGGGAUACAGAACUAACAACAUACCUAUAGUUUGCUUGUCCUUUUUUUCCUCCCAAUAAACCUGAGACAAGAGAAAAAAUUUUAACAUACAGGAAUGUUUUUCACAUUAAGAAAAAAAAAUCGAGGAUCAACAUAUUGCCUUUUGGUAGAUUGAAAGAGUGUAAAUAGCUGUUGUGAUUUGCUUUCACAUAAAAAUAUCUAUUUUGCAGGCAUUAUAUUUUGGUAAAGUUUUGCUCUGUAUGCAAAGAGAAUAUCUUUAUUGCUCUGUACACAAAUUUGCAGUCUUAUAAUGUUGAUCUGCAGUAACUUACUGUUAUAUUACAAUAUUCAUAUAUUGAAUAGCCUUUAGUAGCUUUUUUCUCCUUUAAGAAAAAAUCACUACUGCUCUUAGAAAAAGAUAUUGCACUAUUUUUGUUGCAGCUACUAAGAUAAAAGUUGCAAGUAUUAUAUUGUAACACUAAAUGAAAGAUGGUGCAAUGCCAUGGAGUCCAUUGGCUCCAAAGAGGGACACAGGAAGAGAAUAUCUAGAUGUCAACUUUUGUUAUUGUUAACAUGGACAGACCUGUGCAUUGGGGAGGUACCCUGCUUUAUUUGAUUUACACAGUUUAAAUAUCAGAACUGUCAAUGAUAGUCUCAGUUCAGGCAUGUGUUCAUCUCUGGGAUAUAUGUUUUCACUUUUUUGUAGAUAGUGCUUUUGAUGCUCUUAAAUAUAAUUUUUCUUUCCACAAAUCAUAAUAAUUAACAGAUUUAUUUUGACCUGUAUUGGAGUGCAAUUAAGCUAAAUGAUUACAUUGCUGGGCAUUGAAUUAUUUUGGUUAUGCUCUCAAGUGCUCCCAAUGUAUACAUGUAUAUAGAGAGAGAGCGAGAGAGAGAGAGGUUUUUCACUACACUCCUUUUGCAUGCUUGCUCUGACCAACCAAACCUGUGCACUGCUGCGUUUUACUGAUAUAAAUAGGAUGACAAGUGCCUGAUGUAUGCUAUAUUAUAGCAGUCAUUUAAUACAUAAGAAAGCUGCUUGACUGCUAUUUUUCAUUUGGUGUUGGAGAGAUGCAUUCAGUAAAAUGCUGCAUGUAUUUGUUUAUGUACCAAGGUAGCUUAAAUUUGUCACGUCUGUUUGCUGAAUACCAGUUAAACACUGCUUUCUUAUUAUUUUUUUAAACCAGAUAAACAUUGUUAGUAGGCUUGGCAAUAGUCAUCUAUACUUGCCUUUUAUACAAAUCAUGAAUUCAAUGGAGGAGCUAUAAUGCUGUACUAGCAAGCUUUCAGCCUAAAGAUUUCAUUACAUCAUUAGUGUAUUAUUUUCAAUAAGACAAGCUUAUAGAGUCUACUUUAUAAUAAGAUUAUUAAAAAAAACUAUGGAACUAA